AGCGUGCUCAGGCCCACUGAUCCCUGGCAGCUCCGCCAUCCCCAGCUUCUGCGAUUUUGGUUCUGACGCGGACCAGACCGGAAGUUGGGCCCAAUGACUGCCUAGUCUUAAUAGAAACACCGGAAACGUGUUCCCGACUAUCGUUCCGCCUGCGCCGCGGCCAUCGGUUCCGUUUCCCGGCCCGGAAGUGCGGCCUUCAAGUUCACAAGCCAGGAGGCAGCAACUGCAGGGCCUGGUGCCUGAGGAGUCUGAGAUGGCAGCGACCGAGGCGGUGCACCACAUCCACCUACAGAACUUUUCGCGCUCACUCCUGGAGACCCUCAAUGGGCAGAGGCUAGGCGGUCACUUCUGCGAUGUGACCGUCCGCAUCCGUGAAGCUUCCCUGCGCGCGCACCGCUGCGUGUUGGCCGCGGGCUCACCCUUCUUCCAGGAUAAGCUGCUGCUUGGCCAUUCAGAGAUUCGUGUGCCCCCCGUGGUGCCUGCGCAGACGGUGCGCCAGCUGGUCGAGUUCCUGUACAGUGGCUCGCUGGUGGUGGCUCAGGGCGAAGCGCUGCAGGUGCUCACAGCAGCCUCAGUGCUUCGCAUCCAAACCGUCAUUGAUGAGUGCACGCAAAUCAUCGCGCGUGCCCGUGUCCCCAGCACCCCGGCGCCUGCACCACUGCCGCCACCCGUGCCCCCUCCACUUGCUCCUGCGCAGCUGCGCCACCGUCUGCGCCACUUGCUGGCCGCCCGCCCCCCGGGUCACCCCAGCGCAGCGCACAGCCGCAAGCAGCGCCAGCCUGCACGCCUGCAGCUGCCUGCACCCCCAGCACCCAUCAAGGCCGAGGGGCCAGAUUCGGAGCCAUCGCUGACUGCCGCCCCUGAAGACAGAGGUGAAGAGGAUGACGAUGAGGAGACAGAUGAAGAGACCGACGCUGAAGAGGGUGAAGGCGGCGGCGGCAGCGGCCCAGGUGAGGGCCAAGCGCCCCCUGCCUUCCCCGACUGCGCAGGGGGCUUCCUUACAGCCACAGCUGACAAUGCGCGUGAGGACCCGCCUGCAUCCACCAGCAUCACUGAUUAUAGUGGUGCCGGCAGAGAUUUCCUUCGCGGGACUGCUGUGACCGAGGAUGUGUUCCCAGAUAGUUAUGUGUCUGCUUGGCAUGAGGAAGGCAAUGGGGGUCCAGAAGGUUGUCCGGUGGAAAGCUCUGCUCCACCUGAUUGCGCACUGGCUGGGCCUCGACCUACCAGCGUGAAGACCCCUGGACCACCUGUGGCUCUCUUCCCCUUUCACCUGGGUGCCCCAGGUCCGCCAGCACCAACACCUCCUACUCCAUCAGGGCCAGCCCCUGCGCCCCCGCCCACCUUCUACCCCACGCUCCAGCCAGAUGCAGCCCCCAGUGCUCAGCUCGAAACUCCGGUUGUGUCUGCUGCCCCUGCUGCUCCAGCCACAGCUGUCUCAGGCACGCCUGGGCGCGCCCCCGGGGCCUCAGGUGCUGAGCAACCCGCCUAUGAGUGUAGCCACUGCCGCAAGACUUUCAGUUCCCGGAAAAACUAUACCAAGCACAUGUUCAUCCACUCUGGGGAGAAGCCACAUCAGUGCGCAGUGUGUUGGCGAUCCUUCUCGCUACGCGACUACCUGCUCAAGCAUAUGGUCACACACACUGGCGUGCGAGCCUUCCAGUGUGCUGUGUGUGCCAAGCGCUUCACGCAGAAGAGCUCACUCAACGUGCAUAUGCGCACACACCGGCCUGAGCGUGCGCCCUGCCCUGCCUGUGGCAAGGUUUUUUCACACCGCGCACUGUUGGAGCGCCACUUGGCAGCUCACCCUGCACCUUGAUUGGUAUCCAGCUGUACACAGUAUGGAGGUGCAGUCAGACCCUUGGACUAGGUCCACUCCACCAGAAGGCUCUUGCUCCGGAGUAUGGGACCCUUUCUCUUCCCCACUCUCACCCCAUUUUCCCUGUGGACUUGGGACUCAGAACCCUAUUUCCCUCCUACACAUGCUUGGCAUCUCUGGACAUGACUGGGUAGAGGAUGGUCAGGGACUCUGCCACCUCAGAGACCUAGACCAUUUCCAGGGUGAGCUGGGCACACAGACUCUUGGAACUUGAUGCAGGAUUUUCGCCCAACCCCCUAUUAGGGUAUGAUGUCUAGGGCUGUCCUCUGCCCCCUAAUGCUGGGCCAGUGUGAGUCCUGCUUGACAUGCUGAACGGGUUCUGAAGAGGGGGUGUGUGAGGGGGAAACCAUAGCUAUGAAAUAUAGAUAUAGAUGAAGAAAAAGACAGAGACACAGGAUAACUUCCAGAGGUUCUGGGUCAAUACCGCAGACCUUGACUUUAUUGCUCACAGCCUUUAUAUACACAAAAGCAAAGGGGCGGCAAAAAGACCUCCCCCUUUCAAGGACAUCGCAGUCCAAAGUACAGUUAAGUGUAAACACUUCCUUAGUACUCAAGAUCUCUGGUGACCACACCUUACAGCAAGCAUCCUGUAAAUAGGCCUUGAGGUAUAAGAUACCUGGUAACCAGCCUUUGGCCAAAACAUCCUAUCAUGCUGUCUUGCAGGGGAAAAAUAAGCUCGGACUCUCUGAUCUUGAGUCAAGAUGAAAACAGGCCACAAGCUGGGGGUCUCUGUGGGCCCCCACAUGCUAGAAUUCUCUGACCUCACCCCCAGUCUGGAGCCACCCUUCCCUCAUCUGGCACCCAUGGAGGUUCAGAUGGACCUACCAUGGGACUUUAGAAUUCCGUUCUAAUAAAGGACAUUGGGCCAGUG